GUGCGGAGCCGCGCGCCCCGGAGGCUCCGCGACCGUGGCGGCGGGCGGCGGCGGCGGAGCAGCCCUCCGCGGGCCAUGUCUUCUCCGGACGUGGCGAGGAGCUCCCCAGGAGGGAGCCGGGAGAUGGCCCCCACGCCGCGGAGCCGGGGCCGGUUCUGGGAAGUGGGCGGCGGCAGCGGCGACCGGCUGGAGCGCGCGGCGGCGGAGUCGGAGCGCUGGGAGCUGCUGCUUCACCGCGGCGAGCUGCUGGCACUGGGCGGCCACCUGAAGGGAGCGCUGGAGGCGUACGCGGCGGCGCUGCGCCGCGGGGCCCCGGUCAGGCCCGAGUGCCUCGGCACCCUGGUGGACUGCCUGGUACUCAACUACCGGCUCCGCCACGGGUUGGGCUGGAGCGCGACCCUGGCAGCGGGCGCGGACCCCGGUGCGGGCGGGCUGCUCAGCUGCCUGGGCUGCCGGGGCUUCCUGAGCGAGCCGGUGACCGUGCCCUGUGGCCACAGCUACUGCCGUCGCUGCCUGCGGAGAGAGCUCCGUGCCCGCUGCCGCCUCUGCCGGGACCGGCUGCCGCCCGCCGCCGCCACUGAUGCUGAGGGCACCACUUCGCGGCCGCCGCCUCUGGCCGCCGCCAUCGCCGCCUCGGGCUUCAGAACCAGCGUCGUCCUCAACCACCUGGCCGAGAAGUGGUUCCCGGGCCAGCGGGAGCGAGCCCGCGCGGCCGGCCGGCUCGGGGAACUGCUGCACCAGGGGCGCUACCGGGAGGCCCUGGCCGCCGCCUGCGAGGCGCUGCGAGCAGAGCCCAGUGAUGUGACUCUAAAAAUUUACCGAGCGGAAUCAUAUGCUGGUCUCCAGGAGUUUAAAGCAGCCAUAGAAGAUUUAAAUGCAGUUCUCUUUCAACUGCCAAAUUGGCCGGAGGUCUACUUCAGGAAAGGAAAAGUACUCCAGGAUGCUGGUUUUUUAGGUGAUGCCUUACAGCUGUUUCUUCAGUGCUUAGCCCUUGAUGAGGAUUUUGCACCUGCAAAGCUAGAAGUAGAAAAGAUUUUAUGUGAUUUAUUAUCACCUGAGAACUUAAAAGAAGGCCUGAAGGACUCUUCCUGGAGCUCUUUGCCAUGUAGUAAAAACAAACAUUUUGGUUUUCCUUCAGUAACGGAAGAGUCUCACUCUGCCAGUGAGCUUAGUCCAGAGCAGAACGAAGAGGUACCAGAGGUCACGUCAGAGCUUAUCAGAGGAAGCCUAAACCGUGCUUGGUCAGCACAGGCUAUACAUUCAACAGAAAUGCCUGCCAGAGAGGACUGUUUAAAAAGAGUGUCCUCAGAACCUUUACUCUCUGUUCAAGAAAAAGGUGCUCUGCUGAAAAGAAAAUUGUCUCUUUUAGACCAGGAUGUGAUUGUAGAUGAAGAUGGAAGAAAUAAGCUUAAAAAACAAGGAGAAACUCGCAAUGAAGUCUGUACAUUUUCAUUAACUUCUGGUCACAUCCCAGAAGAAUUAAUUGAUGUCUCAGAUUUUGAGUGUUCUCUCUGCAUGAGGUUGUUUUUUGAGCCAGUAACAACCCCUUGUGGACACUCAUUCUGUAAGAAUUGCCUUGAGCGUUGUUUAGAUCAUACACCGUAUUGUCCUCUUUGCAAAGAAAGCUUAAAAGAGUAUCUAGCAGAUAGGAGGUACUGUGUCACACAGCUGUUGGAAGAAUUGAUAGUGAAGUAUCUGCCUGAUGAGCUGUCUGAGAGAAAAAAAAUAUAUGAUGAAGAAACUGCUGAGCUCUCACACUUGACCAAGAAUGUUCCAAUAUUUGUUUGCACUAUGGCCUACCCCACUGUGCCUUGCCCUCUUCAUGUAUUUGAGCCAAGAUACAGAUUGAUGAUACGAAGAAGUAUACAGACGGGAACCAAACAGUUUGGGAUGUGUGUCACUGAUACACAAAAUAGUUUUGCAGAUUAUGGUUGUAUGUUACAAAUUAGGAAUGUACAUUUCUUACCUGAUGGAAGGUCUGUGGUUGAUACAGUUGGAGGGAAGCGGUUUAGGGUUUUAAAAAGAGGAAUGAAAGAUGGAUAUUGCACUGCAGACAUUGAAUAUCUGGAAGAUGUUAAGGUUGAGAAUGAAGAGGAGAUCAAGAAUCUCAGACAGCUUCAUGAUUUGGUAUACUCACAAGCCUGCAGCUGGUUUCAGAAUUUAAGAGACAGAUUUCGAAGCCAAAUUCUUCAGCACUUUGGCUCAAUGCCUGGGAGGGAGGAAAACCUUCAGGCAACCCCUAAUGGACCCGCAUGGUGUUGGUGGCUUCUUGCAGUUCUUCCUGUAGAUCCCCGAUACCAGCUGUCCGUUUUGUCAAUGAAGUCUUUGAAAGAACGGUUGACAAAGAUACAGCACAUACUGACCUAUUUUUCUAGAGACCAAUCUAAGUAACUAACUGCUUGGAUCUUCCUUUAAAGUUACCCUAAUCUGGCUGUGUUGACGGCCAGAUUGUCUGCUGCCUUUUGCACAUCCAGUGCUGGUUUGAGAAAUGUAAUGAAACCUUCCCCCCCCCCUUCAACCUCCUGAAUCAUGUGGUUCUUCAACUAGGACUUAGACCACUAAGAACUUGCACAGAAAAACACACACUGAAUGUGUGUCAAACCUCUACAUUGUGAUAAAGUUGCACUAUGUACCAUAUUCUAAAACAAAAUGAGAACUGUGUGUAUGUGGGGUGUGUGUGUGCGCGCGCGUGUGUGCAUUUUCUCUGGCUUUAAAAUUUUAAAAGAAAAAAAAAGCCAUAGAGAGCAGGCCUUGCUGAGGGUUGGUUAUUGCCCAAGUUUACAACAGUAGCGACACAAGUUUUUGCAAGUUGAAUUCGCCUCAGAUAUAUCUGUCCUAAUGCUUCUGUUUGCACAAGUAUGUAAACUAUGGUAUUGAGUAUCUCUCUUGGUUGGAAAUACUGCUCUUGCUGAACUGUCUUGACCAUUGACUAUGACACAGUUUCUUAUUUAUGUAAAUACUUGCGUCCUAAAGGCCAACAGGCUUUGGAUGCGGAACCUAGAGCCAGUUUUCAGGAACAAUUGCAAACCUGCCAUGGUACUGUGCAUCUAUUCAUAAAACACUUAAAACUGUGAAAAUAUGGUUUACAUUUAAUUGUACAUAAAGGUAAAUGGAGAACUCAAUUCAGUACCAGUUAGUUUGUAUAUUUUAGGGGGCUUUUCACAUUAACUGCCCAUCUAUAUAAUUUAUAGUUUGACAUGAUGUGUUUGUUUAAAAGAAUUACAUAGGCUAAACCCAUUAAGGAUCUGGGGGAAGAGAAGAAGCUUAAUGUAGAACUAAGCUUUUAAAGUAUGUUUUAUUUUUUAAUUCUGGUCUUGGUGCAAAUGUUAGCUAUGCCUUAUUCAUAUCACAAUUAGAUCACCAUGCUGUGACAUGGUUUGUAUUCAUGCUGCCCUAGAUACUUUUGUAAUUAUUUGUUGCAAACUUGUGACUGUCCCUGUUAACUUUCUUUUAUGUAAGUACUUUGUAAAAGUUUCUUAAACUUUUGCUUUUGCUUAUUUAAUUUUGAAUAAAAGCUAAAUUCAUAAUAAUUUUUUUCUUAAAA